UCUCAAACAAACACAUAAAUUUGAAACAUUUCCUUUUUAUAAGCUUGUAUUAUUUUCAGGAAAUAUUAAGAAUCAACUGCCAUGGAAGUUGAGUUGGGUCUGAAGAUCACAAGAACAAUAGAUGACAAAACUUCCAUUUCUGAUUUUCAGUUUGCCAAAGACAGAGCAGGUCCUGUCUUCUUAUCUAAAGAAACUGAUUCAACUUUCACCCUCACAGCACAUCUCAAAGGUUAUAAGAAAGAGAACAUUGACAUCAUCAUUAACAAAGAUGGUACAAAACUUUCAGUGAGUGGUGAAAAGGAGGUGCAAGAAAUGCAAAUGAUACCAUUCAAGAAAGAGUUAAAAAUAAAAGGGUUUAGAAAGAAGUUUAAAAUACCUAAUGAGGUGGUUUUGGAUAGGAUUAAGGCUAAGUAUAAUGAAGAGGAAGGAGUGUUGACAAUAGUGAUGCCAAAAAUUGCAAAAGGAGUAUUUUGUGGGGUGGGAAUAGAAGAAGUGAAGGAAGAAGAGGGUGCAAAUAGUAUGGUAUCAGAACCAGAACAACAAAGUGCAGCAGAAGAAGAAAAGGUUUUAGAUCAUAAGAGUGAAACUGAAGAGGAAAAUGCUCCUGUGAAGAAGAAACGUCCUAAAAAACCAUGGCAACCUUGUCCCCCUUUGGUUCUUGGAGGAUCAACUUUGCUUGCAACUAUUAUCUUUCUUGUAAUGCACUAUAUUAGAGCCAAUAAGAGUUGAUUUUGUUUUUGUUAAGUUUUUUUUUUUUUUUUUUUAUAUAUAAUAGAAAAUUUAGAUGAGUUGAAUUCCGAGAGCUUAUCGGUGCCGCAAAUA